UUGUUAGCCUCAUGUUCACGCAAAAGAAAGCCUGCCAAUCACAGUUUGCACAAGUGACCUUCAAGUGCUCGGCCUUAACGCGAGCAGUGUGCGUCUGUUGCAAUUUAGCGACUGGAGUGACUGAUACAUUUCUUGACUUUCCUGUCUGUCUGUACUGUGGGAAUGCAAAUAAAGUAUUGUGGACAGGCAGAAGUCAAUAGCUAUGAUGUUGUAUUUCUCUAUGAGGCGGGUUCCCUCCUCAUUGUAGCCAAUAAAGAUGGGUUUUGGUGUUCACUGGUGGAUGGCAAAGAAUUGGAUGUGAUGUGUGACUCAGUUAAGCAGUCACGAGAUCAGUACAUGCAGAAUUUUUUUGAAUCGUUUAGUUCCACUGAUCCAUCGCGAUAUUUCUCUUUAUCAGAGGAUGGUCUAGACUUGAAGUUUGUAUGGUCUAAAGAAAUCAAGAAUGGCAUCAAAAUUGUUCUCGGGUCUUUUCGUAUGCAACGUGCACAAGAUAAUUUGAAGUUUCUUCAGGAACUUACAUUUAAAUUCGUCGCCGGUUGUACUGGUUUAUUAACGUGUUUGCAAGAUACGAAGAAGGAAAAUGAAAUCCUUAGGUCGUUAGCAGAAGUUUCGACAAAGAGGUACAAAGAAUUGAUGUCAGAAAUGGAGGAUAAAGAAACAGUCCUGCUUUCAAAAUUCUCAGCCGUUUUGAAUGAAAAAAAGAAAACGAUAGAUAGCCUUAAGAGAUAUCCACAAUGUAUGUCUCAUGACAAUGGAAACGCACUAGGCACACCGCUGAUGCACUCUACUGCGGUGCUCGAGCAGGAUGCAGAUGACUUGAUACCCCCGAAAAGUCGUAAACUCUCGAGCAGUAUGGUUGUUAGAAGUUUCCGUAAAUGAAUGUCGGGGUGAAACCUCGCUUCCUCAUUUUGUGCAGUGAUGUGGCGAUGUUCAAGAACCUACGUUGAUUUGUUUGUUGCUGAUUGUUUUCGACAGCAGUUCCACACUGAAUAUUUUCUAGAAGGCAAAUUGGUCCGGUGUCUUUCACAGUUUGUAAAUAAUACGUAUAUCUUUGGCAGUGUCGAUAUAUAUUUGCUUUCAUUUUCUUCUGUUGUACUGCAUAUAUCUUCAUGAUUCUGUGACAUGUCUGUCUAAAGGCAUCCCAUACUUCUGUGUUCCGACCACUCCCCUACAUAAUGUAUGAUUUUUUAUUUGGAUUACGUGAUUUUCUAUUGAUGAGUUUAAUCCUUACUCUCUAUUUGUAUAUGUAAUGGAGAAGUAUGCUUGUACAUAUUUUGUGCCACAGUUGUUAAAUAUACGAUAACGCUGGAUAUUAUCAAAUUAAAACAGUGGUUAGUAA